UUGAAAAGCACGCAAAUGCUGUCAAAUUGUUAAACAUCAAUCCAAAUAAUUCAAAAUAACUUAAAUUUUGCGAGCCAUUUUCUGCUACCCAGUGCUGGUGUCGUAGCAGGCAGCUUUUGGGGGCCAUUUGCUAAAUUAAAAUCAGCUGCCAGCUGAGACGUAAAUAAAUUUACGUAAAUAACAGUAAACAGACAGAAUUAUCACAGAAACCGAUGGCACUGCGCGGUUCUCACCGGCUGGACGUUUUCAUACGGCGUUGCAGUGCGCUUAACCUGUUCCACAGACACGCUCCCAGUCGUAGAGUUAGCCACUGCGACAGGGAUCAGCAAACAAAGCAGGACCAGCGGCAGCAGGACCGGAAGGAGCAGCAGGAUAGCGGCGGCGGACACUGGGGCAGGUUUGGCUGGCGCAGUCUGAUACGCUUCUUCGUGCCCUUCUCCCUGGGGGCGGUGGCCAGCUCGUUGGUCAUUAAACGGGAGGAGCUCACCCCCACUCUAUCCGCCCGGGCUAUGACCGGACGCCGGCGGGACUUCAACUUCAUUGCAGAAGUGGUGGCUGGCUGCGCGGAUUCGGUGGUCUACAUAGAGAUCAAGGACACGCGGCACUUUGACUACUUCAGCGGGCAGCCCAUCACGGCAUCCAACGGCUCCGGCUUCAUAAUCGAGCAGAACGGCCUGAUCCUCACGAACGCCCACGUUGUGAUCAACAAGCCGCACACGAUGGUCCAAGUGAGGCUCUCCGACGGCAGGACCUUCCCGGCCACCAUCGAGGACGUGGACCAGACGUCUGACCUGGCGACCCUCCGCAUCCAGGUGAGCAACCUGUCGGUGAUGCGCCUAGGCAAGAGCAGCACGCUGCGCUCCGGCGAGUGGGUUGUAGCUCUGGGGAGCCCUCUGGCCCUGAGCAACACUGUCACGGCAGGCGUAAUCAGUUCAACGCAGCGCGCGUCCCAGGAACUCGGCCUGCGGAACCGGGACAUCAACUACUUGCAGACGGACGCGGCCAUCACGUUCGGUAACUCUGGUGGGCCCCUGGUCAACCUGGAUGGUGAGGCUAUUGGCGUUAACUCCAUGAAAGUGACGGCCGGCAUCAGCUUCGCCAUUCCCAUUGAUUACGUGAAGGUGUUCCUGGAGCGGGCGGCCGAGCGCCGUAAGAAGGGCUCUGCCUACAAGACUGGCUAUCCGGUGAAGCGCUACAUGGGCAUCACCAUGCUGACCCUGACGCCGGAUAUCCUCUUUGAGCUCAAGUCACGGAGUCAGAACAUGCCAAGCAACCUCACCCACGGGGUGCUGGUGUGGAAGGUGAUUGUGGGUUCACCGGCCCACAGUGGUGGUCUCCAGCCCGGUGACAUCGUGACCCACAUAAACAAGAAGGAGAUCAAGAACUCCUCGGACGUCUACGACGCUCUGGCCGACAACAGCAAGAACCUGGACGUUGUGAUCCUGCGCGGAGUGAAGCAAAUGCACGUCACCAUUACGCCGGAAGAUCCCUAAUGAAGGCUGAAUCCUAGUUCCCACAGUUCCCACUCCCACGCCGUCCUCCCCUUCUCACCUGUUGUUCUAGAUCAAUGACGAUAUUGUGUUCCUUUGUUUUGAAAUACAUAUAUUUGUAAAUGAAA